AUGCCAUCUGAACAAAAACAAUUGUUUUGUGAUGAAAAGCACACAAUUUUACAAAAGGAUUAUGAUUUGAAAAAUGAGGUAGUAGAUACUAUCAGAUCAGCACCUAAACCAAGUAUUUCAGAAAAUAGUUGCCAUUAUGAACUAAGAAAUGUGAAAAUUGAUUUGCCGAAGAUAAAUAUUCCAAAUCAAGUCUUACUGAAGCAUGAAACUGACAAAUUCAGAAAAUUAUUUCAGAGUAAACCACAGACUGCAAGAAAAUCUAUUCGUGUAAAGACUGUAAGCUGUGUUGAAGAGUGCAUGUUGUUUCAUAAGGCUGAGGUAACUGAAGAGCAGGAUAUAAAAAUGUCUGCAAAAAUACUCAAUUUCAACUGUUCAAAAUGCCUAGACAACACUCGAUAUAGCCCGAACGAUUUGCAGAAACACUUUCAAAUGUGGCAUCGUGGUGAAUUACCUUCCUAUCCUUGUGAAAUGUGCAGUUUUUCAGCAAAUGACUUCCAGGUAUUUAAACAACACAGACGCACCCAUAAAAGCACUUUCGUAAAAUGUGACAUUUGUAAUAAUGGGACAGUAUAUACUUUACUGGACUUGACAAAGCAUUUCAUAUCCACACAUUGUGUUAAUGGUAAUUUUCAGUGUGAAGGGUGCAAAUUCUCCACCCAGGAUGUUGGCACAUUUGUUCAGCAUAUUUAUAGACAUAAUGAAGUUCAUUAUAAAUGUGGUAAAUGCCAUCAUGUAUGUUUUUCCAAAGGAGAGCUUCAGAAGCACCUUCAUGUUCAUUCGAGUCCAUUUCCCUACUCUUGUCAGUAUUGUGGCUAUGGUGCCACCAGGAGAGAGUAUCUUAUAAGACAUGUUAUGACUUUCCACAAAGAACAUUUAUAUGCAAAAGAAAAGCUGGAAAAAGAGAAAUAUGAAAAAAGGAUAGCAAAGACUUCAGGACUUAAGCUAAUACUGAAAAGAUACAAAAUAGGUGCAUCAAGGAAGACAUUUUGGAAACGUAAGAAAAUUAACAAUGGAAGUGAUGGAAGUAUAGAAAAAAACACACAAGUACUUAAAACAAACAAAACAGAGAAUAAGGACCAGAGCUGUCUUGUUCAAGAACAUUUAAAUGAAAAAAAGGAUGAAAGAAUACACCCUGAGAAGAGUGAUAAACCUAUGGAGGUACAUUCAGACAAGCCAGCUAUUCUGACUACUGCACAGUGUAAUAGAGCUGAAGAGGGAGCAAAUUCUACUUUAGGCUCCUUGUUGAAGACUUCUUCUAUUCAAGGACCUACAGUGUUAAUGGUGAAAAAUAAUAGAAUAACAAUCCCUGCAAACUACAGUGCUAAGUUUAUGGGCUUCAAAAUGGUAGAUGGAAAACAACAUAUUGUAAUAAAAUUGUUGCCUGCCAAUAAACAGAGUUUAUAUUCCCCAGGCUCACAGUCAGAUGCUUCUAAGGACAGUACUGCUAAUUCGCAGCCUCAGACUUUGGACACUACUGGAUUUUUAUCUGCAGGAGUAGCAGCUGGUUUAAAUGACACAGUUUGCAUGAAAACAACUACACUUUCAUGUUCAUCUCAUAUACUUUCAGGAAAAGUAACUUCAGAAAAAGAAAUGACGUCGAUAUCUCAAGUGAAUAAUAUGAUUCAGACAGUGGAUGAUGAAAAGAGUGUACCUUUUUUACCAGCAACACCAGAAUUUGUCACAGCAUCUGUGAAUUUGACCACAAAAGUUGAAAUGAGAGAUAAUGUUGAUUUAUGGGGAAAUCAUGUUACUGAGAGGCACCCUCAGGUAUUAGGUACUAUUAUUAAAAGUCCAGAGAAAGUCAACUAUACUAUCAAAUCAAAUGCAUGCAGCAGUAGAGAUAUGCAUAACUAUUGCAUUAAUUAUGUCAAUUCUGAGUUACCUGUUGAAUCUUCCAAUCAGGGAUCAUUACCUUUUCACAAUUAUUCAAAAGUGGAUAAUUGUAAUAAAUACAGGUUUUCAGGAACAGCAGUGUGUGAAAAUCCUCAAAGUGAAUCUUCGUCAAGCAAAAUGAUGGCUCAGCAUCCAAUAAGUGAAUCCGUUUUAUCACUAGUAAAGAAGGAGAGCUCAAAUCCAGGGAGUAGUUUAGCAUCUAUUAGCCUUUUAAAUACAAAAUGUAGAACUCUAAAAACGCAGGCUGAAAUUGAAGAACACUGUGAUUCAGGAAACAGAGAAGACAUCGAUGGACAGAACCUAUACACUAAUGAAAAUCAAAGUUUAGAGAAUGUAACUGAGAAACCUAAAUGGGAUAACAUUUCUAGUCUUGAUUCACCUAUGAUGCCAAGAAUUACAUCUGUGUUCUCUCUCCAGAGCCAGCAGGCUUCAGAAUUUUUGCCACCUGAAGUAAACCAGUUACUUCAAGAUGUAUUAAAAACAAAAUCUGAUGUAAAACAAGACUGCAGUAGCACUCCAAAUAAAGGCCUCCCAUUUCACGGUGACCAGUCAUUUCAGAAACCUGAGGGAGAGGGCAAAAUAGUUGUAUCAUCAAAAGACUUGAAAGUGCAAGGCGUGUUCCCAAUCCCAUCUGGCAUUAUUGGUGCUAAUGAGCCGACAAAUGAUCUAAAUUUAAAAUGCAAUGGAAAACAAGUUCUAUCGAUGUCACAAAAUGUGAGAGAUUCAGAGAAAUCACCGAGAAUUUCAGGAAUUGGCACAUUACAUAAGACUCAGUCAGAUGCAAUAAUAACACAACAGCUUGUAAAAGACAAACUGAGAGCCACUACCCAAAAUUUAAGUCCUUUAUAUGUACAGAAUCCACUUCUAAAUUCAGAACAAAAACAAGCUAUAUAUGUUCAGACUCCAAAAGGCCUUUUUGUUCCAUUGCACGUUGCUAAUAAGCCUGGAUUACACGUCAUUUCAGGAAGACCACUGUCACUGGUUAAUACACAAUGUGUACCUGCUUCUCUCUUAGUAAACAGUAAACCUGGAAUGAUUUUAGCUUUCAAUAAUAGGAAACUUGACAGUGUUUCCGGAGUCAGAACUGAGAGUGCUCAGUCUUGUGGCGGCAUUAUGACUGAGGAACCUUGCAGAACACCUUUUUUAAAGGUAGAGCCAAGGAGCGGUUGUCUUACACCUGUCCUUUGUUCCAGUAUUGGUAGUUGUUUGAACAUGAAAAGUAACUCAGAAAGCAAUUUGUCAUUAAAAGGCCCUUGUAUUAUUAAAACAACAGCACAUUCUUCAGGGAAAGCUCCCCCUCCUCCUCCUCCUCCUCCUCCUCCUAUGUUAGCUGAGUAUCAAGGCACUACGUUGAAUAUCUUGGAUUCAGUAAAACAGCAGAAUGAGGUUUGUCCGAGACCCCCUCUGUACACCCUUUUGCCUGAUGGCAAGCAAGCUGUUUUUUUAAAGUGUGUGAUGCCAAAUAAAACUGAGCUGCUUACGCCGAAAAUAGUCCAAAAUAGUACUUACUAUCAAAAUAUACAGCCAAAGAAACCUGAAGGAACACCACAAAAAAUAUUGCUGAAAAUUUUUAACCCUGUUUUAAAUGUGAGUGCUACUAGUAAUCUGUCAGUAAGCCACUCUACAUCUUCAUUACAAAAGGCCAAUGUACCUUCUAGUCAAACUACGGAAGGAGGUCAGAAAGAGCCAGAAGCUUCUAGAGAUGCCUUACCUUUCUUAUUAGAUGAUUUGAUGCCAGCAAAUGAAAUUGUAAUAGCUUCUACGACAGCAUGCCCAGAAUCUCCCAAGGAGCCAGUGUGUAUCACCAAUUGUUCAGAUGCCAGGGUGUUAAGGUCUAAAAUAGAUUGUACAAAUGAGAGACACUUCAAUAGAAUCAAGGCUUCUAAAAGAAAAUUUUCAAGAAUAAAAACACGUGUAGGAAAUAAAGAAUCUGAAACUGCCUUUGUAACUAGAGACAGAAACUGUAAACGAAAAUAUAGGGAUAGUUACCAAGAACCUCCUAGGAAAAAAGCGACAUUGCAUAGAAAAUGUAGAGAAAAGGCCAAGUCUGCUGCAUUCCAUGAAACAUUGGGACCUAGGUUUUCAAAAGAUACAGUCAGAACUUUGCGCCUUUUCCCCUUCAGUUCCAAACAGCUUGUGAAAUGUCCUAGGAGAAACCAGCCUGUUGUAGUUUUGAAUCAUCCAGAUGCAGAUGCACCGGAAGUAGUAAAUGUAAUGAAAACUAUUGCUAAAUUUAAUGGACGUGUACUUAAGGUUUCAUUGUCAGAAAGAACUAUGAAUGCCUUAUUGAAACCAGUUUGCUGUAGCCCUUCUAAAACAACUUAUAUUGAGUUUUCCAAGAGGCAAAAAACAUUUACACCUCUUAGUUCUGUGAAAGAAAGGUUUGUACUGAAAUUAACCCUCAAAAAGACAAGCAAAAAUAAUUAUCAGAUUGUGAAAACUACCUCUGAACAUAUUCUGAAGGCUAAGUUUAGCUGUUGGUUUUGUGGUCGAGUGUUUGACAAUCAGGAUGCUUGGGCUGGUCAUGGACAGAGACAUUUAAUGGAAGCUACUCGGGAUUGGAAUACGUUGGAAUAA